AUGGACAAUUCAGUGCCCCUUAUUACAUACCAGCAUAUCCGGGCAGAUCUCAAGCCAAUAUUUCCUGAGUGGCUCGCCAAACGCUUGAGCACUCUAACGGAGUCUUUGCCAGCCGGCCCAGCAUCCAGACAGCUUGUCGAUCCCGACGAGACUAGGGCUGCAGACCAGCCGGAUCACGCCCCUCGUUAUGAAGCCUCGAUGUAUGGGCCUAUGAAUGCUUCCCUGACUCUUUUCUUUCCCCUGGAGCUUUCCUUCAUGGUGAAGCCUCAGCCACGAAUCCGUAAACCUCUCAGUCCCGCUCAAGUCGCGCAAAUCCAGGGCAAACAUGUACGGAACAUCUCGAGCGACUCCUACGAUAACGUAGUCUAUGUUUCUGACAAAGAUCUCAUCCCCGACUUCAUCGUCUGCCUCGGGGGAGCUGGUCUCCACGACGACGAAUAUCUCAUGAUGGUCGAAGUGAAGCGCCACGGAGAGCAGUUUUGCGACCACACGAAGCAGCUCGACAGCUACACCGAAUGGACUAAGCGGACCAACCGGGCGGACUUGGAUCGGCUCAUCAUGGUGGUGAUUGGGUCGGUAGCUAUGUGUCAGACCGUUACUGCCAAGGGUGAGACGGACACCAUGUUUACAGACACAUGGAGUUGGGAGAUGUUCGAGAUAUGGCAUCACAUCCGCCAAAGCCAUGGGAGACAAGCGGUCUCAGGAGACUACCCACUCAACCCAUUCGCGCAGUAG